AUGAUCCGUCAGCCGUCGGCGCCCGCUGCGGUGGUGGCACCUGCUAUGGUGGCCCAAGUGACGCUCUCCGAAGCGCGUCGGCGCACCGCAGAGUCAACAACAGACGCUGCGAUGACCGUCGACGACGGCGCUGCACCAGCACACCCCAUCGAGAAGGAUGAUGGCCACACGGAGAAGCCGCAGCAGCUGCUGCGUCACGGGGGCGUUGGUGCUCCCCAUGGCACGUCCGGUAUCAUGCUACGUAGAAGCGUCGAGGACGCAGCGUCCGCGGAAGGAGAGCGCAGAAGCAAUGAUCGCUACUGCUCCCCGCACACACCGCCCUCGCUGCUCACGACGCCGGAGAGUCUCGUGCCGCCGCUCCCACGGCGUGGCAUCUCCGCCGUUUCCGCUCACGCCUCCGCCACACUGCAGUCACCGACGUUGUUCUCACGUCGAUUGUGGACGCACUUUGUUGAGCGGGAGCUUCACACACCACACAAUCCCUCGCAGCAGCAGCAGCAGCAGUCAACGGAGAAGGCAGACGUCGGCGUGCCUGCCGCACCGGUGACGCGGACACGCAGUGGUGCGAAGAUGCUGCGCAGUACCUCCGUGCCUCUGCCCCCACCGCCGCUCGGCCUCACACCAGCGCCCGCCCGCCCAAACCCGCGCGCUCGCGUCUUAAAUGCGGACGCGACGAAGAGCGACCCGCACCUCGUGAAAGUGGACGGGGAUGGGCCGGCCAGUCCAUCCACCUCGUCUGCGUGCACGCCGGUGGGUGCAACACCGCUGCAAUGCACCGCCGCCACCAAGGCGAUGUCGGUCUCCUCUUCGUCCCCGUCGUUGUUGGUGUCGCCCAUCGACAGGGAGGUCAUGUUUCCUCCGCGGUCACCCGCACGCCACCGACUUGCGCGGCCUAUAGCCUCGAAGGCGGACGCUGCACACGAGCCUCAGCCGCCGUCGGCGAGUCACAGUCCAGCUGCCGUCGUGAGGGACGACGUCGCAGUGGAGGAGGAGGAGGAAGGGAAAGACGAAGAAGAGCACAGUCCGUCUCCGCGCCGCACAUCUUCGCCAUCCCAGCAAGGGGACUCCGUCGCAUCCCUAUUGUCCCAUUACAGCGUCCCAGUAGAGGCGAGGGUGCUAGCGGCUCAGUUGCCGGCACAGAAUGCCUCUUCGACCACCUGGAGCGAGGAGAAGGAGGACUUCAGCAGCAUUCCACCUCCCCCCGCUGCUCGCUCGUGUAAAGGCACGCGACUCAGCCAACAGGUUACGUCGCGGCGCGUCAGUCGCCGGCCCUCGCUGUCGUUUGAGUACGCCGAGGAGGACAAGACGGACGCGUCUCCCACAAACAGCGACUCUUUUGCCUUCCACGGUCUCUCACCCUCCUCUGCGGUGCCCUCGGAGGUGCAGACCUCUGCGCUCCCGGCCGCGCCGCUGAACGCCGACCCGCCGUCGCGCGGGCGGCCGUUGCGGAUGGACCAGCGUGGCGGCCCGAGUCCCACCAGCGCUCCUCCGCGGCAGGAUCUCGAAUCACUGGUGCCUCCCCGCGGAGCUACUGCGACGCUCGUGGACCGCCACGUGUCCUUGACCGGCAACCUGCAACAGCAGCAGACGCUACGGCAAUGGAGAGACGGCAGCAGCGCACGCCGGGUAGACAGCGCCCCCUUCCACACGGCACGUUACUUCCGCAAUCCGCCGCACCGCACCCGCUCCGCGGUGCACUCGUACGCGGGGCGCGGAACCCGCGGUGAUCCCCACCUCCGUGGCUGCUUCGACGAGUCACACGCUCUCCCCCACUGCAACCGCUACCCGCGCAGUUUGAGCUCCCACAGCGCACGCUACAUCAUUCCUGCAGUCGGCGCCAGUGCGCUGACCUCCUCCCCUGGCGAUGUGCCGCUGCAAUCGCGGCUCAAUCCGAUUCCGCGCUCCACCUCGUCCACCCCGUGCCUCACCGGCUCGCAGCUCCCGCUGACGCCGCUCCAAACCCGAACACCGUCCUGCAGAGACGGGAUGGACGGCAAGACGGCGGGCGUGGAGGAGGUGGCGUUGCGCGGGGCACGGUCCUGCAGCAACAGCAUCGGUGGCUUCUCCCCGGUCUCCCACACGGGGACGCCGCUGGCGCUUCCGCAGCCCUACCACACCCAGUCGGCCCUCCCGUCCAUCCACACGACGCCGCUAACCGCGCACCGCAGCGCCACGGAGCACGGAAGUGCCGAGACGGAAGAGACGACCGGUGUGGACGGGCCAGCGCUCGGCGGCAGCAAUGGACCCGGCCCCCGCCGCAGAAGCAGCGGUAGCAGCAGUCACCCACGCAGGACCUCCGUCUCCUUCGCCACCCUCGAUACCCACCCCAUGGAGGAACACGAGGGAGUUGGUGGCACCGCCCAUCCUCACCGCGGCGGCAGCAGCAGGCGCUCGUCGCUGCGAGAGGCCAGCGUGGACGAGACAGAAUUCAGCGUCGCCGGUGUCGCUCCGCCCGGCCAGCCGCCACCGCCACCGUGGACCCCCGCCGAAGCGCUCUACUGGAUGUCCGGCCGUCUUACCCGGCAGGAGGCGCAGGAGAUUCGGACGUACAACCGGGUGUACUACUGUGGGCCCGCCGUGCCGCCGCGGACGGCGUGUGGAGUGACGGAGGUGUCCUCGGCGCCGCCACAGGAGAGAAAGGAAGGAGGCGUCCACGCGGUCCGUGCGUCGCAAGGGGGAGAGUGGGUGCAGGCGUCGGCAUCCAAUGCCUCUGCCCACGCACCAGCGACGGUGGCGGCCGCGGCGACGGAUACGUCCACUUCUCCGGCGUUAUCCUCUCCUUCGUACCUCCCUCUUACGCUCGGCAUGCACAUCGGCUUUCGCUACGAGGUCGCCGAGGUGCUUGGGGUCGGCACCUUCAGCGUCGUCGCACGUGCCAUUGACCACGCGGCCCCGCCACUCAGCCCGGAGCGGCACUGUGCCCUCAAGAUCAUCCGCAAGGAGGACCUCUACCGUCGCGCGGCACAGGAGGAGUGGAACGUGUACGCGCAGGUCGGGGCGUGUUGUGAUGCUGCCGUGGCGGCAGAGGUCGAAGGCAGCGAUACGGAAUCACCGUACCUUCCACAGCAACGCCGAUUUUCUGCCACCUUGUCUCGCUCAUCCUCCUCUACCUGCCGUCUCACGGUGGCAGAUCAGCACUCCCUCCUCGGCGCUGGGAUCCUUACCCCACGCACGCGCUUUGACUUCCGCGGCUACCACGUCCUCGUCUUUCCUCUUCUCGGCUUCAACGUGCGGGAUGUACUGGAGCUGCAACGAGAGUGCGAGGAGGCGGCAGCGGUGGAGGAGGACGGAGAGCAGCGUGGCCAAGUGCCGCAGCAGGAGCACAAGACGUCAUCGUUUGUGUUUCCUCCGCUGGUCACCUCCAGCGUCGUUGCACAGGUGGUGUACGCACUCGCCUUCCUGCACCGCACCGCACAUCUUCUGCAUGGCGAUUUAAAGCCAGAAAACGUCGUCUUUGUCGACCGCGUGCUGCGUCACGGCGUCACAGAAGGCAGUGCGUCACUGCCCUGUAAUCCGGUGCCCCAGCGUCUGUCCCUCCGCGGCGGUCCAGGAGGGGGCGCGGCACCAGCCGCUGAAGUAGCAGCAGCAGCAGCCUCGUGCUCACCUCCCCAGUUGAGUGCAACCGGGGUGUCCUUCUCUCCUUCUUCCGUCCUUCACUCCCGAUCCCCCGUCAGCACCAUCAGCGCCGCGCCGCACCGCGUCCCACGUCCUUUCGAAGCCGGUGUGGACGACGACGACACGUCCGUGCCGCCGCAGGCCGCGGAAGGAGGAGAGGACACCUUCGUCACCAGCGUUCCCUCUACCUCGGCCUGCAGCACCCCCUGCUGGCUGCGCGGUUGCGCCGCGGAGGAGGAAAAGAGCAGAGGAACGACGGCGGGAGAGAAGGGCGAGCACCACAGCGCCGACGAAGCGUUUUGGUGCGCCGGCGGUGAAGAGGAUGGCAGGCUGCCGAACAGCGUCGUCACGACACCGCUGAGCCGCGAGCUACACGGCAGCCUCUCCACCGCCUACGCUCCGCACACACCGUCGCGGCGGACACCCGGUCUGACGGCGAGCCGCACCGGCACCCUCUCCUCCUCUCACCUCACCCGCCAAGCGGAUGUCCUGACGCUGGACGACAGCACGGAUGGUGCCGCCAUGUCCGUCACCGCAACUUCGCAGAUUUCCUUACCGGGCAACUCCCAGCACAGCGAGUCGCACCUGGCCCGACAAAGCCACAGUAAUAGCAAUAGUACUCUCUCCAACGCCAUCCCCCAUGUGAGUCCGCAAAUCAGGAUGCCCUCCUCAUCGUCCGAAUGGCGCAGCGCGUCUGCCGGCGCCUCUGUCUGCAGCACCUCCUCUCGGGUAGCCGUGAUCGAUCUGGGCCAUGCGAAGCCCUUGGCACCCGGUCAGACCGGUGUGACCUUCCCCCUCCAAUCGCCCUCUUACCGCGCCCCGGAGAUGGCGCUGCGCCUGCCCUAUACCACCGCCAUCGACAUGUGGUCCCUCGGCUGCGUGCUUUACGAGCUGCGCACGGGUCGCGUCCUCCUUCCCAACGCGUGCGACGACGCCACGAUGCUCGCCGCGGCGGUUGAAUCGCUUGGGAUGCCCAACACCACCUUUCUCUCUAUGGUAAAGGUGUGCUGGAAGGCGUACAAGCAGCGGGAGACGAGAAACAGUAGUAGUAGUAGUAGCGGUAGCGGUGCUGCGGCCGUUGUGGCUCGCUGCAGCAGCGUUGCCCUGCCCAGCACUUCGUUCAGCGUCGAUCUGACGGAACAGGACCACGAAGGCGGCGCCUCAGCUGUGCUUCAGCCCAGCGCACCUCCUCCUCGGUCGGUCUUUGUGCCGUCCGAGGACGAGGAGGAGGAGGCGGCGGCGGCGGCGGUAGAGCGGGUCUGGCGGGGCUUCAUCCAGGUGUUGAACACCACGGCGGGGCAGCAGCGCGCUCGUGCGGAGCGCCGUCGCCGCCUGAGCAGCCCCACCCACCUCUCCGGCAGCGUGUCCGCCGCGACCAGUCCGUGCGAGACGCACGACGAUGGCGUCAUGGAGGAAAGCGCAGGGGAUGAGGCGGUGCGCAGCACCACGUGGGAGACACCGGCGCAGGGUGCCCUCCUGUCCUCGUUGUUUCCGGAGGGUCAGGCGAAUGUCGACGAGCAGAUCUUUACUUUGAAAGUGGCGGCGGGUUCCCGUCGCCCCGCUGUAUCCGCAGCCCCCUCGUGCAGCAGCACCAGUGCAGCGCCGGAGGAGGAGCAGCCGCACCCCUACGCGUGGGUGGACUUCCUGCUGGGCUGCCUCUAUUGGGACGCCGCGGAGCGACUCAGCCCCGCGGAAGCGCAACUCCACCCCCUCAUCGCCACACACUUCACCCCCGUGGAGGAGGCGGAUGAGGAGCAGAAGGCGUCGACAGCAGAAACAGGUGCGCAGCUUCCACACUGCAGUGGGGUGUACUACCUUCAACAUCAUCCACUGACGGCGCGGCUCUUCGCGGUGUCGAAGCAGCCGCGGCGGCAGAGAAGCGGCAGCGAGGACGUGGACAAGCAAGAAAGCGAUGAAGGCCUCUCUGUCCUGUCACGGCGGCACUCGAGUGUGACCAUCCCCCUCCUGUCCUUAGCUCCUAGCGCCAUCGUUCCUUUCGAGCUCCCUUCGAACAAGCUAGCGGCGCCGUCCGCACGUGUGUGGGAAGAGCGCCAGCAGCAGCAUCAGCAAAUCACUGCAUUGUGCACCACCGCUGACACCAGCGGUCGGGCUACCCCGCGUGAACAGAAGGUCCCGGUGUUUUGCGGACGCUCCCCCUCCGUUGACACAGCCCACGUCUACACGUCUGCGGUGACGACGGCGCCCUUCUGUCUAGAGCGGCGCAGCAACGAUGCGCAGGCGUCGAACGGCGACAUCGAUCUCGUGUCCCCGGACGGAACGGUGGAGGAGGUGGAAAAAGAGAACGAGGUGCCUGGCGAUGGCUCGCCGCAGCUGCCACAGCAGGAAAGUGAGGUAAUGGUGCUCCGUCUCGAUUAA